AUGCUUCGGUUCGUUUUACUUCUCUUUCUCAGUUUCGUUAUCAUCACUAACGCCUGCAACCCAAGUGAUUCCAAAGACGAAAAGGAGUUCGCACACCUCCCAAACACUACAUCAAAACAUGGUGCUUCUUCCUUGACCGAAUUGGAUCUAUCGGAUUCGAGUUUUCAAAGUGCUCUCACUGAAGUUCUGAAGCAGUUGGAAGAAGUGAACAAAUGUCAUACAUUUCAACUCAUUCGCGUCAUCGAUGCCACCAAGCAGAUUUUAGAUGGUGUGAGAUACACCAUGAACCUUGAACUUAGUGCAUUCCUUGCUGAGGAGAAUGAGGGAGAUUGUUCUGAUGUUACCUACUCCUUUGCAAAUGGAAUGAAGAACGUUGAAGUGUCAGUCCAGGCACAGGACUUGGAAGAUCCAAAAUACAUAUUCACCUUCAAUUCAAACUCGGAUUUUGAAAGUGAUGGAACAAUGAAACUCAAAACCAAACUGGGCACGUGGAAUGUCAUGACUCCUGAAGAAUUCAAUAUGCCAGUUUUUCAGAAUGCCGUUCACGAAGAAAUCGAUAAAUUAAACCGGGCGGCAGGUAAAUGUUUCCGUUAUGAGUUUGUUGAAAUGGCAGAUGGAGAGAAAAUGCUCUCAUCGAAGUUGCAUUACAAAGUCAGGGUGAAGGUGAAGAAGAUCUACGAGUAUCAACGCCAGGAAUGCCUUGGACAUUGUAUUGACGACUGUUCAGGAGUUGACCUGUACUUAGCCAGAGCUUUCGUGAAUCCUCCCGAGACUGAAACUCCACAAAUUACGGAUUUUAGAUUUGAAACACGUUUAAGUCCAACCUUUACAGGCCCUUGGGUGCAUUAG